AUGAUGUUCAGAAAUCUCGCCCGCGCGGCAUCCGUCCUGCCUCUGCUCUCUCUCUCGGCCUCGGCCCAAACUGCCUGCAACAAUGCGGAAUCGCUGUGCGACAAGUCUUACGGCAACGUCACGCUCCUGGGAGCCCACGACAGCGCCUUUCUCUCCGACUCGACCACCAGCUAUUCUACUUCGGGCAACCAGUACUACAACUCAACCGUCCAGCUCAGCGCCGGCGUGCGCCUCCUGACCGCCCAAGUCCACCACUACACUGACAACAACGCCGACGAAUGGCAUCUCUGCCACAGCUCGUGCACCCUGCUCGACGCCGGCAAGCUCUCCGACUGGCUCUCCGACAUCAAGACGUGGAUGGACGCCAACACCAACGAGGUCGUCACCAUCCUGCUGGUCAACUCGGAUGACGCCUCUGCCUCGGUCCUGGCCUCUGAAUUCAGCACCUCCGGCAUCGAUGACUACGCCUACACUCCGGACUCGACCACCGAGGCGCCCUCCGAGUGGCCCACCCUGCGCGAGAUGAUCUCCAACAACACCCGCCUGGUCACCUUCAUCGCCUCGCUCGACGCCUCCACCAACACGGCCGCCCCCUACCUGCUCGACGAGUUCACCUUCCUCUACGAGAACUCGUACGACAACACCUCGCCGUCCAACUACAGCUGCUCGCCCGACCGCCCUACCUCGCUCAAGGGCCAGACGCAGACCGCCGCCGAGGGUGACCGCCUCUUCCUCAUGAACCACUUCCUGUACUCGACCUCGGCCUUCGGCAUCGAGAGCCCCAACACCACCUACCUCGAGACGACCAACUCGGCCAACACCACCGGCGCCACCGGCUCGCUCGGCGCCGCCGCCGCUGAGUGCAGCACCACCUACGGCAAGGCCCCCUGGGCCGUCCUCGUCGACUUCUUCAACGUCGGCCCCGCAAUCGACACCGUUGACAACCUCAACGGCGUGUCCGGCUCCACCACCGGCCGCACCACCGUCAGCACUGCCAAGGUGACCGAGAGCAACGACCCCACCAGCAGCAGCUCCGCCGGCGUCGCGAGCUUCGGGUCGCCGCGGAACAGUGCUGCCGCUGCGGCCGUCGCGGGUUUGGUCGUUGCCGUCAUGGCGUUGUAA